UAAGGCAUUAAUCAGACCUAAAUCUGAUUAAGUGUCUAAUUGGCUUGAUGGCAAGAAAACAAAUGCUAUAUACAAGUUCAUGGCAAAAGAGUUACAGAGGCUUCAGGAGAGCUGAACAGACAAGAUGUUUAAAAAUCUAAAAGCAGUAUUUUCUAGAGCAAAAUUAUCACCUGAGGAAGCAGUUUGCAAGAAUGAAGGUGUCUCUCCACAACCCCAGGUAUCUACAGGCCAGGGUGAAAAUAAAACCACAGUUGAACCACAGAAAGCAGAGGCCAAUAAGAAAACAGAACUCAUACCACAGCAACAAGAUACAGUACCAGCAAAAGCACCUGAGCCUUCAAAAACUGAAAACUCUGCUGAACCAGCUAAGACAACUCAACAGGAACAGCAAAAAGAGCAAAAAGAUGGGAAAGAGGAUGUUAAUACACAGAACCCAACACCUUCAGGUUUCAAAAUGAAUGACUAUGCUGAUGCCCAACUUCAAGAGCUUGUCCGAAAAAUGAGGGAAAGGGCAACAGUCUAUAAGGAAAAGCUGAAAGACCCCGUGCUGUCCUCCCCUGAAGGCAGUCCUACAGCUUCACCAAAGAAGAAGCCUCCACCCCCACCAAAAGAAGAGAAAAAAGAAGAAAAGAAAGAGGAAGCAGAAGCAAAACCAGAGGAGGAUCACUACUGCGAUAUGCUAUGCUGUAAAUUCAAAACACCUCCACUGAAAAAAUACUUAGAGUAUCUGAAGCUACCAGACAGCAUAGACUCAUACACAGAUCAUCGUUAUGUAGCAUGGCUUAUGCUUGUGACAGUUGCCUAUAAUUGGAAUUGCUGGUUUAUUCCCCUUCGUUUUGUGUUCCCAUAUCAAACCCCAAGUAAUACAAUAUAUUGGUUUACCAUGGACAUCCUUUGUGAUAUCUGCUACCUGUGUGACUUACUAAUUUUCCAGCCUCGAGUGCAAUUUAUAAGAGGAGGAGAUAUAAUAUCAGACAAGGUGGAAAUGAAGAAAUUCUACCACAGCUCUAUUAAAUUCCGGCUUGAUGUGGUAUCAGUAUUGCCGUUUGAAGUUUUAUACUUCUUCUUUGGAUUUAACCCAGCGUUUAGAGCAAAUAGGAUGCUAAAGCAUAACACAUUCUUUGAGUUUAAUGAUCGUUUGGAAGCUGUUCUGGACAAAGCAUACAUCUACAGGGUCAUUCGAACAACAGGAUACUUGCUGUUUAUCUUGCACAUUAACGCAUGCCUGUAUUACUGGGCUUCAGACUAUGAAGGACUUGGCAGCACCAGAUGGGUGUACGACGGCCAAGGAAACAUGUAUCUGAGAUGUUACUACUGGGCAGUUCGUACUUUAAUCACCAUCGGUGGCCUUCCAGAACCACAAACUCUGUUUGAGAUAAUUUUUCAACUGCUGAAUUUUUUCCUGGGUGUCUUUGUCUUCUCCAGCUUAAUUGGUCAGAUGAGAGAUGUAAUUGGAGCAGCCACAGCAGGACAGAACUACUACCGCUCCUGUAUGGACAACACUGUCUCCUAUAUGAACACUUACUCCAUUCCAAAAUUGGUCCAAAAUCGAGUUCGAACCUGGUAUGAAUACACAUGGGCUUCACAGGGAAUGCUGGAUGAAUCAGAAUUACUUGAGCAGAUGCCAUCCAAAAUGCAAUUAGCCAUUGCAAUUGAUGUGAACUUUGCCAUCGUCAAUAAAGUUGACUUAUUCAAAGGGUGCGAUACCCAGAUGAUAUAUGACAUGCUGCUAAGGUUGAAAUCCAUUGUGUAUUUACCUGGGGACUUUGUCUGCAAAAAGGGAGAGAUUGGCAGAGAGAUGUACAUCAUCAAACAGGGUGAAGUUCAAGUCCUUGGAGGCCCUGAUGGUACAAAAGUCCUGGUUACACUAAGAGCAGGAGCUGUAUUUGGGGAGAUCAGUCUAUUAGCUGCAGGUGGAGGAAAUCGAAGGACUGCCAACGUUGUGGCUCAUGGUUUUGCCAACCUUUUCAUUCUGGACAAGAAAACACUCAAUGAAAUCUUGGUGCACUAUCCUGACUCAGAAAAACUUCUCAUGAAGAAAGCAAAGGUGCUGCUGAAGGAGAAGGGGAAACCUGCCGCAGGACCACCAGUGCAACAACCACGGGGCUUGGCCAGUCUCUUUGGGCAGAAACAGGAAACUCCAAAAUUGUUUAAGGCAAUGCUUGGAGGCAAAGGGAAAGAUGGCCUUGUGAAGCUGCUACAGCUGAAGAGACAACAGGACAUUCAGGAAACUCAAGCUGAAGCAGAGAACACGCCUGAACAAAAUGAGAAGAAACCCAUGGAGCCUGCAGCCCCAUCUGCCCCUCCUGCACAAAAGGAAGAGCCAAAUACAGAUGCUAAGCCCAAACCUGCAGUUAUGCGCAGAGGAACCAGUAAAGAGUCUCUGAUCAUUAGUAUGUCUCCAUCCCCCAGAGCAGGAGAAGGAGAAAUCCUUAAGGUUGAAGUUAAAGAGAAAAAAAAUAAAUAGAUGCUGCUUUGGGCUGUGACCCCAUCUGCUGUGCUGCUGAAUUUAGAGGGAUAUUGUGACUGCUUUUGAGCAGAGAAGAUAGAAGUAGAGACUACUCAAGAUACAGAAUCUACCGCAGCUCCUCUUCUUCUCUCCCUCCUCUCCUGACACAACUGGACAAAUUAUUCAUAUACUUACCUUUUAACCUUAAACCUGGAGAACUUUGGGUGUAAUAGCAAUUAGAGCUCAGAUUUCAGGUGCACUUGUUCCUUGUUUGAUCCAUGCUCUCCCUUCUCUCUUACUCUGUCUUGUUCCUGCUUCUCCUCUUCCCUCUCCUGUUUAUCCUCGCUUUCUUAUUGUUCUUCCUGCUGCUGAGUUUGCUCCUAAUUUUUGUAUGUGCUCUUUCCUACUUCCUUUUCUGGUUUCCCAUAGUUACGCUUUUUCUUGUCACUGCCCUACUGUUGCUGAGGUUACUCAUGUUCCUCUGGAUCCUUCUCUCCCCUCCCCUUAUACUUGUAAUCAGUGACCUGCUUUUGUGACAAGCAUGGCCCAGUGCAGGAAGGGGUGAUGCUGUGCAUUGGGAUGAUUUAUUCUGCGACAGAGGGCUACAAAACAAAACCAUGGUCAGAAAUAAAAUCACUAAAUCCAUGAGGGGGAAGCAGAGUGUACAAUUACUACUCUGAAAACACAAGCAACUGCUCCAGUUGUCUUCUGACUCUGAUGAACAAACAUGGCAAGGGCUUACAUAUUCCCCACCCACUCCAGAGGUGACCUUUAACUUCUGGCUGCUGAUUUACAGGCUUGAUCUUCUUAAGUGGUUGGGCAUCAAUCAUGCUCUCUGAAGAGCAAGCGCUUGAUACUGGCUAACUUUCUGAAGAAUCUUGGUAUCUAAACCAGCCCCUUCAAAACCAAAAGCUACUUUACAAAAAGCAGGAUUUAUGCUUUCUGGCUCUGUAGUGCAUAGUUUCAACCAAUACUCCAGCUGUCCACCUCCAUC